GACAUCAGUUGCCGUCUAGCAGCUCUUCAAGCAUAUUAACAAUGCGCUUUAUCGCAAUUGCAGCUCUUAUUGCUUCUAGCGUUCUACUUGCCGAAGCAACAACAAUUCGCGAUAAACGCCAAUCCUGUGGCUGUGCUCCAAGAGUUCAACCAAGUUGCUCUUGCCAACGAACCACCUAUACUCAACCACAACAGUACAGUUGUUCCUGUCAGAACACUGCUCCAGUCCAGAAAUCCUGUUCAUGUGCCCAACCAGUUCAGCAACAAACCUACCAAAUUCAAGCUUCUCAAUGUGCCCCAGCUUGUCAGCAGUCUUGCCAGAACCAAUGUCAAUCUGCUCCAUCUGUUAGUCAAUGUCAAUCUACAUGCCAACAAAGCUGUCAGACUUCUUCCUGUUAUACUCCAACUACUCCAGCUCCAGUUCAAUGUCAACCAUCCUGCAUGCCAGCCUGUGAACAAUCCUGUGUUGUCCAGACUCCAGCUCCAGUUCAAUGCGUGCCACAAUGCCAACAACAGUGCCAACAGCAAUGUGUUCAAACUCAACCAAUUCAACAAUGUCAGCCACAAUGUCAGCAACAAUGUGUUCAACAAUGUGCUCCAACCACUACUGCCGCUCCACAAAUAAUCAAGAUUAACAUGGAAAUCUCUGCUCAGUGUGUUCCUCAAUGCCAGCAAUCAUGCCAACAACAAUGUGUUCAACAACAAGUUCCAGCCCAACAGUGCAAUCAGCAAUGCACCCAGCAAUGCCAGACCACCUGCCAGCAAGCAGUUCCACAAUGCCAACAACAGUGUGCUCCACAAUGCCAACAACCAUCAGCUCCACAGUGCCAGCAGUGCCAGAAUACCUGCCAACAAGCUGCUCCAGUUUGUCAGCAACAGUGUGCUCCACAAUGUCAACAGCAAUCUGCACCAGCUUGCCAACAAUGUCAGACUUCGUGCCAACAAACUCAACAGUGCCAACAACAAUGUACUCCACAGUGCCAGCAACCAUCUGCUCCACAAUGCCAGCAAUGCCAAUCUGCAUGCCAAGCUCCAGUUGCCACUACUGCUGCUCCACAAGUUGUCACAAUCAUUCUGGAAGCUUCAGUCUCCCAAUCUGCACAAUGUGAACCACAAUGCCAGCAAUCAUGCCAACAGCAAUGCGUUCAGCAGCAACAACCAAUGCAACAAUGUGCUCCAGCUUGCACCCAAUCUUGCUCUCAAUCCUGUUCUGCUGCUCAACCAGCCCAGAUGCCAUGCCAGACACAAUCAGUCAACUCCUGCUCGUGCCAGCAAAACUAUUCUCCAUGUGGAAAUGGACAGUGUUGCAAGAGAAAGUAGACAUCGAAUGCGUAACUUUGACAUCAGUUCUCUGUAUAUAUGACACAAUUUUUUUUCUUUUUUUUCACAAUAACAUUGCUUGAAAU